AUGGGCGGUCACUCAAGCUCCUUGCGUUUCAAAAGUCGCUCCACAAACGAUGUCGAUCGAAUUCGCCCAUCGGCCGAGCAACGCUCAGCUACGAAGAAGAAGAAAAACAAAUUGAGCUCAUUGGCCGCAGCCUCGUCCAGACAUUUCGCAAAGAUUAGCUUCAAGAGAAAAUCCGGCGAUCGGGAUAAAAUUCGAACUUUCCGAGAUUUGAUCACGAAAUGGCCGCUGGAAGACGCGGAAUCACUUUUCCGGGAAAUGGACACGAUGAGGCAGCUCUUCGAGCUAUACUCGGAGGCGACAAACGCUCGUCCAGCCGUCCCAUCAAUCGGCCAACAAUUGCUAAAGUCGACAACACAAACGGUUGAAUUCGUUUUCAAGGGUGAAAGACUCCCGGUUCACCGCCGUUUCGCUCGAAUCCGAUGCAAAUUAAUCACCGAGAUGUCAUCAGAAUCAACAAGUGUCAUUGAGCUCACUUCUCCAUUGGAAUCAAUUACAGUUGAAGAGUUUAGAGAUUUCAUCAACUAUCUCUACACAGAACGCUGUGAUCUUUCCAAUGAAACGCUGAGUCAAAUCAAAACGAUUUUAAAGAUCACAAAUCCUCUCUGCAUCGAUCUUGAAACAUUUGAAAUGACAGCUGAUGAAGAGGGAGAUUUUAUCAUUCAACUCUCGAGCAGGCCGGACGUUGAUCCAAAUCAUUCUAUUAAUGAUCAUGAAAUACGUUUGGAUUCGGAAUUGAUUGCGACAAGAUCCGAACUUUUCGCAUCACUUGUAAAAAGGAGACAUGUGGAUCGAGUGGUACUUGACGAGAAUCUUCUCCCACGUUCAAUGGCUCCAGUGAUUGUUCACUAUUUGUACACCGAUCAACUCGAUCUCAGCAGGAUCUCGCCAUCAAUGAUCUCUGUCUCGUCGUUGAGCGAGGCUCGAGCGAUUGUGAGCGGCCGCAAUCCAGACUCACCCCUUCAUCAGGCCAGCCAACUCGUCCAUAUCGCUAAAUUCUUUGGGCUCACCAAACUUGUGCAUUUGUGCGAAGAUGUGAUCGUGGAUUCUCUGUCAAUCGACACAUGUGUCUCAAUUCUUUCGUGGGCCGAAGACGGCGGAUCGCAUUUUGUGGCAAACGUUUCCCGAGCAUUUUUGAUCUCGGAAUUCUCACGAAUCGCCUCCACACAUCAUUUAUUUUAUUUGACGAUCGAUCAACUUGGACAUCUUGUUGCAAGCCCAUUUUUGCAGGCCACCGAGCUCGAGAUUUUGGAGGCAGUGAUUCGUUGGGGAGAACACGAAUUGUUGAAGAGAAUGGAGAAGCGAGAGCCGAACAUUGUCGCCGACACAUCGCAUUCGAUCAGCCGCCGCGGUAUCCGGAAGACCGAAGAAAGCGAAAAGGAGCUGAGGGAAAUCCUCAAUCCGAUUUCGGCUUUUGUGCGCAGUGACUACAUUCUGCCGAGUUUCCAUCCGACUCUGACCUCCGCCUAUGGUCGUGGUUUAUUGGAGAGAUCACCUCUGAAAGAUCUCGUCAUUUGUUCAUCCACUUCUGAAAUCAAUCCCGAUCUACACUGGUUUUGCCCAGAUCCCCAUGCCACUGGACCGCGUUUUUAUAAGCCGUACUUUGAGGCACUAAAGACUUACUUGGCGACAGCAUCGGAAGAUUCCUCUCCAACGUCGACCGGUUCAAAGUACACAACGGUGAGAAGUUCGAGCUCUGGAAUGGCCACACCGUUGAAGGUGAUUGUUGUGAAUUCUUUGCCCGGAGUGCUCGACGAGGAAACUUUUCGCUUGACAAAGGAGAGAAUUUUGACGACAGUCGACGAGGUGGACGCUCGUUUUGCGCUUUGUUUCAUGCCGAGACCAUUUCAUAAGAAAACGGCUGUCGAAUUGAUCCUUACUCGAGUGUUGCGCGAGCUCGAGGUUCACCCCGACUCGAUCGAAAUCCGAAUAGCUGAAUGGGCUGAUUCACAGGGUUCAACAUCAACGAGUUCAAGUGUUCGCCUAAAUUUGCAUAGCAGUCAGCCAGCUCUUCAUUGGCCUGAUAUUAUGACAUUGGAAAGGAGGAGAAAGGUUCGCGAAACCGAACAAUCGACGGAAAUGCUGAAAAUCGAUGCCGAUGAUCGACAAUCUGUUUACGAUUUA